AUGGUUGAUAAUGCAAACAUUCAAGAUCAAGAGUCAAUAGCAGAAGAACUAGAUGAAGCCAUUUCCCUUUGUGAUUUCCCUAUGAACACAGAUGAAAAUGAUCAGAUCGUCAAAAACCUAUCCGAGAAUCAUGAUAUGCAACCAUCGCCGUCCAAUUUCUUUGAAUUUUUCAGUGAUUUAAGCUCUGAAAUGUCUCAUGCGGAAGAAAUUAUUUUCUGUGGUAAGCUCUUUCCUUACAAAUACCAACCUGUUAAUGUUCUUGAAGAUAUUCAGAAGCAUCCCGUUGGAGAUGAUGAGAAAUCAAAAGGGAUUGAUCGACGAAGAUGUCAAUCGUUGAAUGAGUUGAAGAUCAUGAGAUCAAACGAUACAAACUCCGGGCUACUCCGAACCAGCAAAUCUUUAGGGUUUAGGCCCUCUAGGGCAAUAAAACCAAGAUGGAAUGCUUUCAUGUUUGGGGGUGUAAAAUUUCCACUCGAGAUGGAUAUUCAAGAUAUAAAAAACCGGCAGAUUCGACGCAGUACAGGGGGUAUUUUUCCUUGGAUUGAUGUCGGAGAAAAGGCUCCGGUGCGCCAGAAUGAUCGAAGAAACACUUGGGGUUUUGAUCUGCUAAGUGUGUUAAGUUGCAGGAACCAUGCAAAUGUAGCUGUGAAGGCUUCAAUUGGUAUCAUGCCUACAAAAUUGUAA